AUGAACCCUGGAUUCAGCUGGGCAGACGAAUACAAGACCUGGGAAGAUAACUUCCUCUUCCAGCAAGGUAGCCUCGUUGAACAAGCUCCUGAAAUCGCCAUCACCAACGCCAAAGAUCAAAUAACGAACAAUGCGGCAAUCGGUUCGCAAGCGCUCCGGAACAGCUUCGUAGCAGCCAUCACUGCGCAGACUCAGGCGCCGGGGCUGGCAGAUCCGAGUGAUUGGCUGGAUAUCGAUGACGCGCUGAAGAUGCCGUAUUUCCUCAAAGAGUAG